AUGAGCACGACGAACGAGAUCCCUAAGAUUGACGACAUGAUCUACGAGCUCGGAAAGACCAAAGACGGUCAAGACGACGAUUCUCCUUCUAUCGUGUCGGACCUCAUCAAGCUGUCCGAGAAGUAUCUUGUGGAGAUGGGGGAGCUGUCGCACCAGGGGAAGCAUUAUGAAGUCAUCAUGUUGUGCGAGGACGCCAUGCAGGAGUACAAGAAGUACCAGGAGGAGCUCAGGGCAGACAGCGUUGAGAACAAUGCAGCCAAGCUUCAGAUCCUGCAUUCCAUUGCCGCCAUGAACUUCACCGCCUCCACCUCAGCAGAAAUAAUCAAAGACUACCGCAAGGCCAUCGACUGUCUCAACGUUGUCAUGCAAGCGUUUCCUCACGUUGCCAACCUCCUGCCCAUGUUCUACUUGGUGAGGGCUGCCAACUAUGGUCUCAUCGGAGAGCACAAAAACUCUAUCAGUGACCUGGAGAACUAUGAGGCCAUGAUGGAUAAGCAAGACAGGAAGAUCGAAGAUCUCACGAGGAUUUUGAUCAUGUCACAGAAGAUUCAAAUGAAUCUUGCGAUGGACAAGCACGUCGAAGCCCUCACGAUCCUGAGUAAGCUACGAAAGGUAGAGUUUGAGGAUGUCAAACCCGAGGAGCCGGCACAAGGUGUACGUGAAGGCGAGACUGAGGAGGACAAGAAGUACGUCGACCCGCGCCUCAAGAAGAGCGUCUGCCAAUCGACUGCUGACUUCUGGAGUGGAGUUCUGCAUUUCAAGCAGGUUGACAUUUCGCUUCUUUCUUUGUUGUUCCCACGAGCGAAAGAGCAAGAGGGCAACUAUGCUGGAGCCAUUGAGUAUUUUGAAUCCUUCGAUCGACAUCGAGAAGCUGGUACGGUCAACGAGCUGUUCUUGGUUCAGGACUGGUAUGAGAAGUACCUUCGACAGCUCUUCGGUGCUUGCCAUGCAACCGGGAACUACCAAGGCUCAGCAAAGUACCUAAAGAUACUGUGCGACAUGUUUCCAGACGAAAUUCAGUACCAGCAACUGUAUGCAGAGACUUUGAUGGUGUGCCAGAAACCAGGCGAGGCCAGGGCGAUCUACGAGAAUCUCGAGAAGAAGAACAACUUGGCCGACUACAACCCAACCAUCACGGCCUCGUACGCAAACUGCCUGGUGGGGCUGCACGACUUCGCCAAGGCGUACAGCGUCACGAAGAAGGCGAUGGACCUGAACCCGGGGGACUCGACGCUUGAGUUCUUCUUCCUCGAACUGCGCAUGCAGUGCCUCAUUCACUGCAGUACUGCCAAGGACACGUCCACCAUGCCGUUCAAACCCGACCAGCUCUACCAGGAGCUGAAAACCCUCGUCCCCACCAUGCGGGGAGGGCUCAAGGACGGCACUGACGAAGCCCAGCUGCUCUCGUGGAAGAACGAGGACGAGCCCAAGCAAUUCGAGUUCCUGAAUCGAGCCACCUUGACCUGCCCCACCAACUUCCACGCAUGGAUGAACACAGGCCUCCUUCAGCAGGCCAAUGGAGACGAUAAGGGUGUGAUGGACACGCUGAACAAGAUCAAGGCCAUCCUCGGGGAGAAGGCGGCGCAGGCAGCCAAGCAGCACUUUGACAGUGUGAGGAAUGAGGGUAAGGCCUGA